UAGUCACCCAGUCCCCACAGCUAGGCUAACGAGAUCGCAGCUCCCCACGGGCCCUCCCCGAGAUCUUCUCGAACCUUUCGGAGCCGCCGCCGCCGCGACCUCAAAUGCCGGCGGCGAUCAGGAGGCGGCGCCGGCUGUGAGGCAGCGAUGGCGAGGUCCAGGCCUAGGGUUUGGCUCGUGGCGGGCUGCGCGGCCCUGCUGCUGUGGGCCUCCGUCGCGCAGCUCGUCGCCGUAGGACGCCUCCUCGUCCUGUUCGGCCUCGCCGGCGGUGCGCCCGCGCCCUCGCCGCCGCCUUCAUCGCUUCCGCCCCCGCCCCCAAGAAUCUACAAAAGCAAUGGUUAUCUGAAGAUAUCUUGCAACGGUGGUCUUAAUCAGAUGCGUUCGGAGAUAUGUGACAUGGUGGCAGUUGCACGUUUGCUAAACCUCACGAUGGUUGUUCCAGAACUUGACAAGAGAUCAUUCUGGGCUGAUCAGAGCAAUUUUGGAGACAUAUUUGAUGUGAGGCAUUUCAUUACCUCGUUAAGAGAUGAAGUGCGCAUUGUUAAACGACUGCCGAAGAAGUUCGGUCCAACGGAUUCAAGCAUUAUACUUGAGAUGCCACCUGUGAGUUGGUCAGAUGAGAAAUAUUACUUGCAUCAGAUCUUACCACUCUUCAGCAAAUAUAGAGUCAUCCACUUUAACAAGACGGAUGCUCGGUUAGCAAAUAAUGGCAUCAGUACCGAGCUUCAACUGGUUAGGUGCCGUGUUAAUUUUCAUGCAUUGAAGUUUACCCCCCAGAUUGAAGCAUUGGGGAAUAAACUGGUACAGAAACUUGGAGUGAAGGGAUCAUUUGUGGCGUUGCAUUUACGAUAUGAGAUGGACAUGCUGGCGUUUUCUGGUUGCAAUCAUGGUCUUAAUCCUGAAGAAGCUGAGGAGCUCAAAAGAAUGAGAUAUGCUUAUCCAUGGUGGAGAGAAAAAGAAAUUGAUUCCAAAGCCAAGAGAUCAGAAGGACUAUGCCCACUUACGCCUGAGGAGACAUCACUUGUUUUGAAAGCGCUGGGUUUUCAAAAGGAUACUCUUGUAUACAUUGCUGCUGGUGAAAUUUAUGGGGGAGAAAAGAGAUUGGAACCAUUAAGGGCUGCUUUUCCGAAACUCGUAAGAAAAGAGAUGCUGCUUGAUUCAGAAGCUCUGCGCCAGUUUCAAAACCAUUCUUCUCAGAUGGCUGCUCUCGAUUUCAUUGUAUCUACCUCUAGUGAUGUUUUCCUUCCUACUUACGAUGGUAACAUGGCGAAACUUGUUGAAGGCCACAGAAGGUUCCUGGGUUUCCGAAAAAGUGUGUUGUUAGACCGACGGAAACUAGUUGAACUUAUAGACUUGUACAACAGCAAGACAAUUUCUUGGGAGAAUUUUACAUCUUCUGUCCAGGAAGUUGAUAGAGGCCGUGUAGUCCAACCAUCCUGUCGGCGGAAACUCGACAACAAGCCAAAAGAAGAGGAUUACUUCUACGCUAACCCCCACGAGUGCCUAGCCAAUUCAAGCCAGUGCAGUUGAACUAAGGAUACAGUUACUGUAAGGUGAGCACAUUUGAAACCUCGCCGGUGCAAGUCACUGUUUGUGAUGAUCUACGGACUGAAGCCAGCAGCAAGCAGGCAGAGACCCCAUGAUCAUUUAAUCUAUGUUACCAGUGUGCUGUUGUAUAGGUAGUUUUUUCUUGUGCUAUGUAAUUGAUUCAUUUAUUUCCCAGCUUGCCAAAAUAGGGAGGCCUCGUGUAAAUUUUGGCUUGUCAGUUUGUGCUCUUGUUCAUUUGAUGAUUGAUUCGUGAUGAUAGCCAUAUACAAUUGCAACGGUGACCAAUUCAUAGCAAUUUUGGUUUAAUUGAGUGUUGUUAUUUUUCUUGAA